CGUGUAGCUAUUGGAAGUCGCUCGGUCUGGCUUCACGAGCGGCUCAUACACAACUUGUGCUCGGGUGCGAUUACGAUUUGGACUGCGACUGCGACGCUUCGGCGCUUUCGCUCUUCUAGGGGUGUGCGUGCACGCAGGCAAGUCGGUGGCUCGUCCGGUUGAAAAGGAAAAAGUCGAAAGAAUCAAAAGGAAACAUGAUUCCCGCCCGAACCGUUGCCGCGCCUUUCUCCGCCUCCGCCUCCGUCUCCGUCUCCGUUACCACCGUUAUCUUCCGAAUUGCCUGGUACCUCUCCCUGGUAGCGCUCUUCUACUCGACAUGUGUCGCCUCGGCUAGCAUCAAUGCCGUCCGCCGCGGUGGCGACGGCAACGGCGACGGGGGCGUCUUCCCGGCCGGCGGUACUCGGAGUCUGAACCUGCCUCUCAUCAUCAACCACCAAGCAGCACCACCAAAAAAGCGAAGCACCACAGAACACGUCAUCCUCUGCGACUGCAUCUCGGCCAGCGGGAUCCGCUCAUCGCAAAUGGCCUACUACAGCGCCCAAGUCAGCGGGUUACCGACGGGGGGCGUGGGGACCGUGGACACGGCAUUCAACACGACGGCGGGGUGGUACAACGACACGACGUCGGCGACGUGGGCGGACACGGGUGUGACCUUUAAGGCGGUGAUUGGGUACCACGUCGCUGAGGACGAUUACGUGGGCAAGGGCAAUAAUGGGUAUGGCGAGUUUAGUUGUUGGCAGAGAGCGAAGACGGGGUUUGCGUAUGAUUUGAAUGGGGAUGGGAAUGUGUGUGAGAUGUUGAUUGAUUGUAAUAAGGAUGCUGCGCCUUCCACCAACCCGGCUUACGUCCCCCUGGAAUCAACCACCACCACACCAACCGACAACAACGGCCAAGCAGCAGGAUCUUCAUCCAUCAGCACCCCAGCCACUUUUUCUUCUUCUUCUUCUUCCUCCAACCCAGGAGGAAACGCUCAGCAACCAGCAGCAGCAGGCAAGAAAGACAAAGCAAUCUCCACAGGAGCAGUAAUCGGCAUCGCCAUAGGCAUAGUCGGAGCCUUCACCCUCUUAGCCGGCGGAGCAGGUUUUUUCCUUGUCCGACGGCGUCGAAUCAGGAAGCGACAGCGAGAACAAGAGCAACGACAACGAAAGGGAGCGAGGACAGAGUCGACCAUGACCGAGGCGUACGCUCCCGGUUCGGAUUUUGUGAAGAGCGGCGAUCCGAACGCCGUACACGAGCUGGAUGGAGGUUGGUACCGCCGACAUGAGAUGGGCGACGAUACGGGCCACUACGAGAUCGACGGGCAGGUCAGGUGCGAGAUGGACGGGGAUGGUGGGGAGAUUAAGGAGAAGAUGGAUGAUUUGUUUGCUGAGGCGGAUGUGAAGGAGGUGAUCAUGUUGAAUGAGAAGGCGGACUCAAAGAAGGUUAUGCUUGAUGAAAAGAAGGAGAAGAAGGGGUAUGUCGUCGGUGUGAGUGAGAAGGAGAAGGAGGUGAGGAGGGAUAAGGAGGAGCGGGAGCGAGAAUGGCAACAACAACAACAACAACAGCACCAUCAAGAACAGAACCAACAGUUGGAGGAACAGAAGAGAAACAGAGACGCCGAAGAGCUACCACCAGUCUCACCAGCGACAACAACAUCAUGGACGGAAGAAGUAGGGCAAACACCAUUUUGCUUGCCGGCCAUGAUGCCGGAGCUGGAGAAGUUUAUGGCGGAGGAAUUCAGAGCACACAAGGAAGAAAAGAAGAAGAAGGAUGAAACGAAUAUAAAAUUCCGGCUUGAGGAAGAAACACAGAAGUAUAUGAAGGUCGAGAUACUACCAGCAGGAGAAGGAAGUACUCAUAUGACCCGACCCCAUACCCAAAGCUUCCUGACCCAAGUAGAUACGCCAAGACCGACCCCACACUAUGAAAAAUCUCUUAGCUGACCCUUACCCCUUUAAUAAGUCGUAUAUACAAUAUACGUUCCCAAAGUUCCCCCGUAG